CGAAGAGAAACGAGAGUACUGGGAGAGAGAAACCUGCCAUCUUUUCGCAGAGAAAGCUGUAUUGUACAUAUUUCCCCAUUUAUAAUUAAUAAGAGUACUUUGCUGAGACGUCUGUAGUUCUGUUACAAUGCCAGAAGAUACUCCAGCCCCUUCGAACGCUGAAAGCAUGGAGGAAAAGCCCUGCUCGUCAAGCGCCGCUGCCAGCUCUGAUGUCAUGGAGGAGGCAAAGAAACUGAUUGGCACAGGGAACAGACACCUCGUUAUGGGGGAUGUGGUGUCAGCCGUCAAUGUGUUCCAGGAGGCUUGUGGCAUGCUAGCUGAGAAAUACGGAGACACAGCUGAUGAAUGUGGGGAAGCUUUCUUUCUGUGUGGGAAGGCUCUGCUGGAUCUGGCCAGGAUGGAGAAUACUGUCCUGGGGAAUGCUCUGGAAGGAGUCCCUGAGGAGUCAUCUGAGGAAGGGGAGAAGCUGGACAACUCAAAAAUUGAGAGUGCAGACAACUUGGAUGAUGAUGAUGAUGAUGAUGAUGAUGACGAUGACGACGAUGAUGAAGAUGGGGAAGGCACUGCAGAAGACAAGGAAAGUGAAGAGGAGGAGGUUGGAAAUCUACAGCUGGCCUGGGAGAUGUUGGAAGUAGCCAAGGUCAUCUACAAAAGAAAGGAGAGCAAGGAGGACCAGUUAAUGGCAGCACAAGCACACCUGAAGCUGGGGGAAGUAGGAGCUGAAUCUGGUAACUACAUUCAGGCCCUGGAGGACUUCCAGGAAUGUUUGGCCUUGCAGCUGAAGCACUUGCCCCCCCACAGCCGCCUGUUGGCUGAGACGCACUACCAGCUGGGUGUGACCUUCGGCUACGUUAGUCAGUACGCCCAGGCCAUCCAGCACUUCAACAGCUCCAUCCAGGUCAUCGAGAGCCGACUGGCAAUGCUCCAGGAGGUCAUCAACAAGGCGGAGGGGACAGAUGAGGCCGCGGAAGAGAAGCGGGAGACGGAGGAGCUGAAGCAGCUGCUGCCUGACAUCAGGGAGAAGGUGGAGGAUGCCCGGGAGAGUCAGAAGACCGCCGGAGCGGCAUCAGCAGCCAUUCAGCAAACCCUGUCUGGAGCUUCUACGUCGUCCGCAUUUUCUGGGGAAAAUGGAGGCACCUCUGCAUCCUCUGUAAGCCAGGUAGUCUCUGCAACGCCCACUGACGGAGGUACCACCAAGUCCGUGUCGGACAUCUCCCACCUUGUCAGGAAGAAGAGGAAACCAGAGGAGGAGAGCCCAAUAAAGGACAGUGAUGCUAAAAAGGCCAAACAGGAGGCCACAGUUAAUGGCCGGGGAGACUCUGCCAGCAACGGCAAUGGAGUCCAGGAGAAAAUGGAGCAGGAUGAGCCAGUGAAGCCGUCCGCCUCAGUGGAGACCUCAUGAUGUCCUUCCUGAUGAUGCCAGACCAACCAGUACAGCAUGCACCCUCCCC